AUUUCCAGCUGUAGUUGAGUUAGUGUUGGACAGUCGAUGCAGAGCGUCUCCAUGGAGAAGAUGUCCAGACAUCACAUCCCUUUAACCAGCAGCUUCCUGCCUCCAGCCACACACGGAGUCCUCAAGUCUCUGCUGGAGAACCCCAUGAAGCUUCCUCUGCAUCAUGAAGCGUUCAGUAAGGAGCAGGAGAAGGAGAAGAACUUAGACGAGGAGCGCAGCGUUCCCCAGUCGGCUUUCCUUGGUCCGACGCUGUGGGACAAAACGCUCCCUUACGACGGAGACACCUUCCAGCUGGAGUACAUGGACCUGGAGGAGUUCCUGUCCGAGAACGGCAUCCCCUCCAGCCCCUCGCAGCACCAGUCACACCACGCUCCGCCUCGCCAGCCGCCAAUCAUGUCCCAAGCCCCGCCCACCUCAGCGUCCUCGGUGAUGGACCUUAGCAACCACGCCUCCACCUCCGUACACAGCAGCAGCAGCAGCAGCAGCGUCGUCUCGCCACACUGCCUCCACAGCAGCCGGGCAAGAGCAGGUCUCCCAUCAACGAACUCCAGAAACACUCCGAGCCCCAUCGACCCGGACUCCAUCCAGGUUCCCGUGGGCUACGAGCCGGACCCGGCCGACCUGGCGCUGUCCAGCGUUCCGGGUCAGGAGAUGUUCGACCCGAGGAAACGCAAGUUCUCCGCCGAGGAGCUGAAACCUCAACCGAUGAUCAAGAAAGCUCGAAAGGUCUUCAUCCCCGAAGACUUGAAGCAGGACGACAAAUACUGGGCCAGGCGCAGGAAGAACAACAUGGCGGCCAAGCGUUCCCGGGACGCGCGGCGGCUGAAGGAGAACCAGAUCGCCAUCCGAGCCAACUUCCUGGAGAAGGAGAACUCUGCUCUGAGGCUGGAAGUGUCCGACCUGAGGAAAGAGCUCGGCCGCACCAAGAACGUGCUCGCCAAGUACGAGGCUCAGCACGGACCGCUGUGAGGUCCCAGAGAUACUCACACUACACACACACACACAC